GUACCGAUGGAACUUCAAGAACAACCACUGGUGCUACCAGUGCACGGGGGCCGUGGUGUCGCAGCCAGACGGUUCGAAGCGGCCGCUUGGGCAGUGGGCUUUUGGGCCGCCGCAGUUCUCGAACUCGCCGUUCCAUGUUCAGCCUGCUGGGUCUCCCUUCGCCGACCCGACGCCGUCGCAGGCGGCAGCGGCAGCCGCCGCGGGCUCAGGCAAAGGUCGCGGCAAGAAGGGCGCUCCGCCGCCACCGCGGGGGAAGGCCAAGGCGAAAGCCGCCGCCUCCGCGGGCCAUGUCGACAGGCGCCCGUGGAUAUACCACCAGGGCUGGUACCCGUACGGUGGCGCAUCAGCUCCACCCGAGUCAGCCGAUCCGAUGGCGGCCCUGCGGGCCAAGCUGGGCGACGACGGCACCGAGGCGCUGGCAGCAGUGGAGGUCUUGGAGGGUGAGGCCUGGCUGCAGGAAGCGCGCGAUGCUGAAGACCUUGCGGCCGCGGCUGCUGUCGGGGCCAAGCGCUCGUGGGAGGAGGCCUGUGCGAAGCAGCUCCCGCAGCCAGUGGCGGCCCCACCCUCUGCUGCAGGGGCAUCGUCGCUCAACCUGCCCACGCUCCUGGGCGAGGACAGCGAGGUCGAGGGGCUCACCAUCGUCGGCGGCCCAGUGUUCAGCACGGAAGGCCUCGACCUCGACCCUGCGGACCUUCGCGAGUGGGGGCGAGUUAAGACCAACCUUGCGGCUGGCAUCAAGGCCGAGAUCUCCCAGGCGCUCGGCUCUUCUGCAGAGCAGCUCGCUGCUCUUCGAGCGGAGGCCAAGCAGGCGCCCUUGCGGACGCAAGCGAAGCGCAG